UAAUAGUACAAUCUUUAGUUUUAUAGCGCCUUUCAUAGUGGUCCACCAUCACAAAGUGGUGUGUGAGCUAUGCAUCAGCUGCAGAGUCACUUACAACAACGUCUCACCUGAAAGACGGAGCACAAGGAGGUGAAGUGACUUGCUCAGGGUCACACAAUGAGUCAGUGGCUGAGCUGGGAUUUGAACUGGGGACCUCCUGGUUACAAGUCUGUUUAUUUAACCACUGGACCACACAGCCUCCUAAAAGGAACAACAAGCUCCUAACAACCAAGCUGCUACUAAGCAGAAUCCCGUGUGCUGCCAUGGACAGUGUGGAGAUGGAAUCUGUCCAGAUUAAAGAGGAGUUCUCUGAACCUGAACUUGUCCCCUUUAGAGCGGAGGUCUCUGGGCUGGCUUCCCUCCCCAUUAAACAGGAGCUCUGUGAGAUGCAAUGUGACAGCAGCCAGUCAGAGGUAUCUGAGAUUAAAGCUGAGCACAGUGAAUUGGAGAUCCCACAGACAGAAGAACCGCUUCCUGUUAAACAAGGAGAGGUGCUCGAAAUUAACCGUAUUAAACAGGAGCCCACUGAAGUAGAGUUUGACCACAUGGAACCAGGGAAGGAAGAAUCCGAGGACUUCAAACCAAACAUCCCUAAGCUGGAGAGAGUCUGUGUGAGAGAGCAAGGUGCUGGAGAGGAAGGCUCUCCCAACAGCAUGCAAGGAGGUGGAAAGGAAGACGGGCGCUCACAUUCAGAAUGCAGUCUAGCAGGUUCCAGUCCAGCAGCUAAAGCGAGGGCAGACGGUGGAGAAUAUCCUGACUGUGGGAAAGGUUUAACGCAGUUAGGGCAUUUAAACAAAAUCCAGCGAACUCACACAGGCGAGAAACCGUAUGGCUGCACUGACUGUGGGAAGAGUUUCAGUCAUUCAAACAGCCUUGUUUUACACCAGCGAAUUCACACAGGAGAGAAACCGUAUCACUGCUCUGACUGUGGGAAGAGUUUCAGUCAGUCAAACAGCCUUGUUUUUCACCAGCGAACUCACACAGGAGAGAAACCGUAUCACUGCUCUGACUGUGGGAAGAGUUUCAGUCGGUCAAACAGCCUUGUUUUACAUGAACGAACUCACACAGGAGAGAAACCGUAUCACUGCUCGGACUGUGGGAAGAAUUUCAGUCGGUCAGGCAGCCUUGUUUCACACCAGCGAACUCACACAGGAGAGAAACCGUAUCGCUGCUCUGACUGUGGGAAGAGUUUCAGACAGUUAGGCAGCCUUGUUUCACACCAGCGAACUCACACAGGAGAGAAACCGUAUCACUGCUCUGACUGUGGGAAGAGUUUCAGUUGGUCAGACAGCCUUGUUUCACACCAGCGAACUCACAGAGGAGAGAAACUGUGUCUCUUAAACAAGCCCUUCCAAAACACCAGUGAAUUCACAGAGGAGAGGAACCUUAAAUACUGAUUUGUGUAUCACUCUUAACUCUUUCUGGUCCAUUUAUUCAGCAUGUAUGUUUUGUGUAUCACUCUUAAGAGCAUGCAUUUUAAAUUGUAAAAAUGCAAAUCCUCUCUCUUGCUCUCUGUCAAAGUGGGUGGUGACGCUAACACGUCACAAGAGGCUUCUCUGCUGUCAGUUUAACUCAGGCUGUCAAUGCAGUCAGUGCCUGGGAGUGGGAAUAUGCAGAAAGGAAACUAUUCCACACCUCAUCUGAUGGACGAGUCAGGAGAAAUCAAUAACUCAGUGUGGAAAUGAGUUUCAGGAUUUAACAUUUAAACUUCAUUAACUUGAAAAUAAAUAAAUUGACGGGAAUGAGUAUCCAGACCCCUGAUGUAGCAUCCCAGAGACGAGACUGCAGCGUCCUUACUGGGCAACCGCCUGGAGGAUGGGUCUUUGGAAAUUCAUCACUGUUGAAAAACGAAUGAAAACUGAUAGUGUUGCAUGACUGUAUUAUGACAUGAAUGAGUGAAUAUUGCGUGACGUGUCUCUUUGCAGUGUGCAUUGUCCAUGCUUGUGUUUGUGUUGCUUUUGUAAAGUGCCCCGAGUAAUAGCAGUGCAGUGUAACGGAUGUGCAAUGGAUGUAUUUAUUUUUUUGAAUGUAAUAAGAUUGAGUUUUAUUGUGUGAUUUUUAUCAUUUUUACUGUUGCACUGUCCCUUUAAACCUCAGGGAGACUAUUGGUCUCAAUAGUAAUUGCAGUGCUAAUUCGUAAUGGGGCCAGCUGUAUAAGAACAGGUGGGAUUAAUCAGUGCGAAGGCGAUCGGGUUUGAGAGAUUUGUGAGCUGAGAGCACGGGUCGGGGAACUACUGUUUGGUAAGGAUUGUAACUUUUGAAGUGUAAUACUGAGGCGCUGUGAAUUGGCUGAAGCGCUAGAAGUUAAUGGUAAACUAUUCAUAUUGAAUAGUUUGGUCCGCUCUAUAUUGGAGUGGUUUCAGUGAAGUAUCCCCCGUGCUCUUAGACGUCGGUCGCAAUUGUAUGGGGUUGAUUACAAAAGAGAAUGUGCAUUGUCUGUAUUCUGAGUUGGUAAUUACGAUCCUGUGAAUUUUGAUGUAAUUAUCUGAGCGCUGCAUACGAACUUUUUUUCUGUGUUAUUGGUUGUUUUAGACUUUUAGAGUAGCGUUUCUGUCCUGAUUAUCCUAACUGUAAUUGUGUAUGUGUUUACAAUGUAUAGUUAUAAGAGGUCUGUUAACUGUUGAUUGCACACCUGCACUUUAUCAACUUGUGUAUUAACUAAAAUAGCGGCUAUUGGAGGGUUUAAGCAUUAUAGGCAUGUUUUAGGUUGCAUGACGUUUUCUGUUCUAUGAAAAUCACUGAUUAUUAGUUUUUUUUAAAGUGUGUUAUUUAAGGUUUGUUUUAUUGUUUGGAAUUGUGUUUGUGGAAACCACUAUUUGCUUGAAGGCUGUUAUUUAAAAGUGUUAUUGUGCUGUGAAUUUUCUUUUUAUUUAGAAGUGUUGGUGUGACAUUAUUUAGUUUAAAGUAUCCUAGUGCUUAGGGUCUAAUGGGAUCGCUCUUUUUUAAUAAUCUGCUGCUAUAGUUUAAAGGUUGCUGCUAUCAAAUCUGCUGCUAUAGGUAAAAGCUGUGAUAUUUUGUUUAAAUAAAAUUC